CGCUCAACCCUUUUCAUUCGCCAGUGGAACGCGAUCGCGUUUGGAACGCAGCCGCUGGAACAGAGAAGCGGCAGAAUCAAUCGGCAGAAGCGGAGAAAUGGCCCACACAUCGCAAACGGGAGCCGCGCAGGCGCUCAACGGCCAGCAUCCGGAGUUGGCCUUCGCGGACGCGGAUGCGGACACGGAUGCAGAUGGAGAUGGAGAUGAGCGGGACGAGCCGGUGGCGGAGCAGGAGCAGCAUCGACUGCUGGGCGCCAUGCCCAGGAAGCAAUCACUGAGCGAGCGACGCAAUGUGGAGCUGCCGCUUCUGAAGAUGGUCAACGAAAAGGAACCGGAGGCGAUCAUGUCCAGCUCGGCGACGCCCUCGCCGGAGGCCUUUGCACCGGGACUUCGGCGCAAUUCCAUAUCCAUGCCGUCGGGCAUCAAUGCCCUGGAUCUGGAGGCACUGCGUCUGCGACACCAGAUGCAGCCACAGGAUGCGCUGCACGAGGAGAUUAUAGCCGACGAUGCGACCUCCAGCCUGGGCACUCCGGCCACUCCGGUCACUCCGGAUACGCCGGGCAUUACGGCGCCGACGACGACAUCGGCCAAUGCGGCGGAUAAGGCCAUCAAUUUCGCCAACGAUGACAGCGAUGACGAGUUCGGGAACGCCAGAAGACCAGUUCACCGCGAUCGUUUUCGGAGCCGGAGACGCGCCUCGAUUGCUCCACUGCCCGCCCUGCGGCUGAACAGCAAGGAGAUGUUGGCCAGCGACUUCGAUAGCCACAGCCUGGCCUCCAACCAGGCUUCCAUCACCAGCGUGAACUCCCUGGCCAGUUUGCUGCGCGAGAAGAUGCAGGCAUUUCCGCAGCUGAUAAGGAAAAAGAAGCGCGAGACGAAGGACUACAAAAUCAAGAUAUUCGUCAUCAUUAUGUUUUUCAUCAUCAUAUUUCUGAUCGGCUAUGCCUAUGUGGCCUACCACCAGCAGGUGCUCACGAGGAGCUACUUCCAGAAGAUCAAGUUCAACUCGCACGACCGCAUCUUCCGCAUCCUGAGCCACGAGGACAAGGAGGUGAUAUCGGGGCAGCUGGGCGUGACCCUGGGCUUCGACACGGCGCCAUUCCACUGCCUCGAGGAGCAGCGGCGCAGUGAUGGCAGCGUGUGCAUCGAGUGGAAUGGCAUAGCGCGACUGCAUAUGAACUUCGAGGACAAGGGCGUCUUCCGGUGCUACACGCUGCAGUGGCAGGCACUGACGCCGGGCCUCCUGCCCACCGAUUGCUACGAACUGAAGCGGGACAACGGGCUGUGGUUCGGCGGCGGCGUGACCAAGGGUCAGGAGUGGUCCCUGAGCUAUGCCAACUUCGAUUUUGCGCCCUAUGCGUCCGGCGACGCGAAGAUCCAUCAGUUUGGCAACGGGGUGAAGAGGUACUUCAUCAACUCGAUCGGCGUGGCCAUGCAGGUGAGCGAGAAGACGCCACUGCAGCUGGGCGUCAACCGGACGGAGAACCGCUUCUGUCUGCGGGCGGCCAACGAUGAGUUCACCUUCGUGAAUCGCCUGACGCCGCUGCCGCAGUUGGACUACCGCAUCUGCACCACGGAGGACAUGCGCAGCCUGCACAUGCUGAUGACGCAGCAGAGUCUGUGGGAUGGCCUCAAGGAGCAGGAGUUCAAGGUGCUGCACUCGCUGCUGGAGGAGCCGGUCUGGAGGGUGCCGCACACCGAGCUGCCCGAGUCCCUCAACGAAUCCGCCAUCUGUGACUACUCGGAGAGUGCCAUUGCCAUGGGCCUCGGCCACAUCGUGAUCAACGAGUUCUGGCAGGAGAACAUUGGCGACUUCACGGUGGACAAGGCCCGCUUCCCCACGCUCAAGGACACCAUCGAUGUGCUGCACCGCAGGGGCUUCAAGGUGGUCCUCACCAUCCAGCCGUUCAUCAGCACGGACAGCGCGAACUUCAAGGAUGCAGUGAAGCGCAAGCUGCUGAUCUACGAACGCCACUCGGAGCGCAGUAUUCCUGCGCUGACCAGGUACAAGAGCAGCUCCAGCGCCGGGGUGCUGGACAUAACCAACAAUGCGUCCGUUCCCUGGCUGCUGGAGAAGCUGCAGCGCCUGAAGGAGGAGUACGGCGUGCAGAGCUUCUACCUGGACCUGGGCACGGGCUACAAUCUGCCGCACUACUACCAGUGCCGCCAGACCCUGGACAAUCCGGACACCUAUGCCAGGCUCUUCACCGCCAGCCUGGAGGGCGCCGGCCUGAUGGCCGUCUCCACGGCGAGUGUGGUGCCCAAGCCGCCCACAUUCCUCAGCACUCCGCCGGCGAACGCCACCUGGGAGGGAUUGCGCGAGACCCUGGGUGCUGUGCUCAACUACGGCGUCAUCGGCUAUCCGUUUGUGUUGCCGGGCGUGAUUGGCGGCGACUACCUGCUGCAGCGACCGCUCACCAAGAUGGUCAGCUUCUAUUCGAUGGCGCAGCCACCGUUGCCCGAACCGGAGCUCUUCAUCCGCUGGCUCCAGCUGGCCACCUUCAUGCCGGCCAUGCAGUUCAGCCACCUGCCCUCGGAGUACCGCAGUGAUCUGGUCACCCGCGUGGCCCAGGAGCUGAAGGAGGUGCGCCAGCUGAUCGUGAUUCCGCUGCUCAAGAAGUACCUCAAUCCGUCGAUGAACGAGGGACUGCCGCUGGUGAGGCCCCUCUGGAUGAUGGAUCCCCACGAUCCCGCCUGUCUCAUCGUCAGCGAUGAGUUCUCCGUGGGCGAGGAGCUCAUCGUGGCCCCCAUUCUCCAUGCGAACCGCGAGGAGCGCGAGGUUUACUUGCCGCAGGGCGUGUGGAAGGACGGCAUCGAUGGAUCGCUGAGGAAGGGCAGUCGCUGGAUGCACGGCUACCGGGUGCCGAAGGACAAGAUCGCCUACUUCCGCAAGAUGCCGGACAACACGCGGUUCUAGGUGCACUCCACAAGCCAUCCCGAUGCACUGCAUCCAUGUGAUAUGAACUACAUAGUGAGAGAAAGAGAGAAAGAGCCGGCAAUUCCGCAUACAUCUAUCUGUAUUGAGUAACCUAAAUACUAUAUAUAUAUAUGCCCGCGAUCGUAAUACAUAAGAUGCCUUAUCGCUAGUGCCUAAGCGUUAUCCUAAGCCUAUGUAAUUUCCAUGUUUAAUUUUCCAUAUAAUUCUUUUUUUUUUUCGUUUGUGCGUCGUGUAGUAGUUAGUUAAGUACAUCUGGGAUGAUCGCUUACUCGCUGAAUAAAUAUGUUCCAUUGCAACGCAAUAAA